AUGGAAAUAGUCUGGGAGGUGCUUUUUCUUCUUCAAGCCAAUUUCAUCGUCUGCAUAUCAGCUCAACAGAAUUCACCAAAAAUCCAUGAAGGCUGGUGGGCAUACAAGGAGGUGGUCCAGGGAAGCUUUGUCCCAGUUCCUUCUUUCUGGGGAUUGGUGAACUCAGCUUGGAAUCUUUGCUCUGUGGGGAAACGACAGUCGCCAGUCAAUAUAGAGACUAGUCACAUGAUCUUCGACCCCUUUCUGACGCCCCUUCGCAUCAACACUGGGGGCAGGAAGGUCAGUGGGACCAUGUACAACACUGGAAGACAUGUGUCCCUGCGCCUGGACAAGGAGCACUUGGUCAACGUAUCAGGAGGGCCCAUGACAUACAGUCACCGGCUGGAGGAGGUCCGGCUACACUUUGGGAGUGAAGAUAGCCAAGGGUCAGAGCACCUCCUCAACGGACAAGCCUUCUCUGGGGAGGUGCAGCUCAUCCACUAUAACCAUGAGUUAUAUACCAAUGUCACAGAAGCUGCAAAGAGUCCAAACGGAUUGGUGGUAGUUUCUAUAUUUAUAAAAGUUUCUGAUUCAUCAAACCCAUUUCUUAAUCGGAUGCUCAACAGAGAUACUAUCACAAGAAUAACAUAUAAAAAUGAUGCAUAUUUACUACAGGGACUUAAUAUAGAGGAACUAUAUCCAGAGACCUCUAGUUUCAUUACUUAUGAUGGGUCAAUGACUAUUCCACCCUGCUAUGAGACGGCAAGCUGGAUAAUAAUGAACAAACCUGUCUAUAUAACCAGGAUGCAGAUGCAUUCCUUACGCUUGCUCAGCCAGAAUCAACCAUCUCAGAUCUUUCUGAGCAUGAGUGACAACUUCAGGCCCGUCCAGCCACUCAACAACCGCUGCAUCCGCACCAACAUCAACUUCAGUUUACAGGGGAAGGACUGUCCAAACAACCGGGCCCAGAAGCUUCAGUAUAGAGUAAAUGAAUGGCUCCUCAAAUAGGAAAGUAAGCCAAGAAGAAUCCCACCUCAGUGAAAUGCUACAACUAUGAAUUGAUGUAACCUAAACUGUCCCCCUUCUUUCUUCUCUUUCCUUCCCUCCCUCAAGCCUCAUUCACUCUUUGGAUUGGCCCUUUCUUCAUGAAAAUUGUCUGCAAAACCUUGGCAGAGGAAUACAUCUCUUACACACACUCACAAAUACACACACAAGCACUCACACACACAUACGCACACAUGCAAAUAUAUCUACACACAUACACACUCACACAACCCCCAAGAUGGGAAGUUAAAUUUUAGAAACAAAAGGCUCAUUCAUAAGAGGUCUUAGAAGAAAAUAACCAAUUAACCUGAUUACAAUUUUGAUACUGUUUUCCGAAACAAAUAAAUCUACCCAAUGAGAAUUUUCAGCCUUGUAUAUUACAAAAUUCUUCCAAAAGAGACAGAGGAGAAAACACAGCUCUGACAGCAUCAAGUGGACUUUGUUCUUUGCAUCAAGUAAUCUCAAAUAGUGUCCUAGGAUCCUUUAAGGGUGCUGGUGACAGGUGAGCCAAGACAAAGUUGGCCAAGGACACAUUUCUAGAUUGUGAUUCUUCUGUUUACUCAACAAUUUAAAAAGUAAAAAGGACAGACAUUGAAGAGAUACACAUUGUAUAUAUAUAUCACCACAGACUAUUAAAAAAUGGAAUUAUUACCCCUCUUUGUCAUAUAUGUGUAGUAGGAU